CGCUAAACUUUCUCUCACUAAAAUCUCUCACACAAAAAUUUCCUCUUUAUUUUUCUCAAUAUAAUUUAUAUUUUACAAAAUCAGAAUAAAGUCUAAGAACCACAGCCAUUGGAUCAAAUGUCACAUUACAGAAAUCUGAGCCGUAGAUUAAACCAAAAUCAGCAAUGCCGGAGGCGAUGAUGAUGUUAUGAAACCGCGCAUGCAGAAUCAUUAGUCAGAUUUGAUUUGAACCAAUGGCGAAGCUGUUUGAUUUCAACCAAACUACAACUGGGUUUUGAAGGAGAAUAAAUAAAAACCAAAAUUAAAGGUUUUUUUAUUUUGAAAGUGAUGUCUGAUUUAGUGGCCCGCACUGGCCGACAUCAGCAGCGCUACGAGAGCGGUUGUCGUCUUGUCGCCGGGUGCAUUCCAUUUAGGUAUAGAAAUUAUGAUGAAAAUGGUGAUGCCAAUGCUGAAAAGAUUGUUGAGGUUCUUAUGAUUAACUCAACUAGUGGACCGGGUCUCUUGUUCCCGAAGGGUGGAUGGGAGAAUGAUGAAACUGUUGAAGAGGCUGCAGUGAGGGAAGCCAUUGAAGAAGCUGGAGUUCGAGGUGAUCUAAUGGAUUUCAUAGGGGACUAUCACUUCAAGAGUAAAACACUUCAAGACGAGUGUUGCCCAGAAGGUUUAUGUAAAGCUUCAAUGUUCAGUUUGUACGUAAAAGAGGAGCUCGAGUCAUGGCCAGAGCAGAGCACCCGAAAGAGAAGUUGGUUACCCAUUGCUGAAGCUGUCGACAAUUGCCGACAUAAAUGGAUGGAAGAGGCCCUUAAACAGUUUUCUACUCAGCUUCCAAAUAAGAUGUAAACUAUAGAUAAGGAACCGCCAGUGAAGAUCGAAAAAAUUUCAUGCUCACACAGAUUACUGAUAUCUGUUGCAGCAAUUUUCUUAAUGUCUCCUCUUUAGUAAACAAUAUAGCAGUUUAAACCUUAGGAUCACAAUUUUUUGGUGUAUGUUUUUAGAGACUUGUCAAAGUUAAAAAUUUUAAUCCUUCACCAUUUGUUCCAGAAA